AUGGAACUUGAGAAUUUACUGCCAUGCCGGUCAAAACAGAUUGACCUGAUCUGUGCUUAUUUGGAUGAGGUUGUCGUCUGUUUUUUACCUAGUAUGUUUGUGUAUGGUCUGCCAGCAACAGGCAAGUCAUCUGUCAUCAAAUGCCUUGUUCCCUAUUUGAAACAUAGAUACAUAAAUGUCAACUGCAUAGAAUGUUACACACCCCGCCUUAUUUAUGAAUGCAUAUUAGGACAGCUGGACCCAUCGUUCUCGGGUAGAUGUGACAAUCCAAGUAAAUUUGUUGAUAUGUUGAAAGAGACUAUUAUUACAACAUGUGGCUCUGAUCACAGCAUCUAUAUUCAUUUCGAGAAAUGUGAAAGGUUAAGAGAGGUGCAUCCAUUAAUGCUGCCCAUGUUUUUGAAGCUGCAAGAAUUAGUUAAUUUUUGUGUAUUUUUGAUACACUUUGUUGAUGUUGUUGUUGGCGUUGUAUCUUAUAAAAAAAAUUGCUUUUUUGAAAAAAUAAAAUUGAAACAAAAAAACCAAAAAACUAAUAUAGAUGAGUUGCUGAAGAUCUUAUGCCAUGACACGCCGGCCAAUGUGCCACAUUCCACUUAUGAAAACUUCAUCAAUUUAUUACUUGACGUUUUCCAUAUGGUCUGCAGAAAUCUCACUGAACUAAGAUACCUGGCUCAUGUCAAUUUAGACAAAUAUCUUGAGCCAGUUCACAAAGGAGAAGCCAACUAUGGUGACACUGUCAAGUUGUGGAAAAAUAUAGAGCCACAUUUAAAAAGAGCCAUGCAAACAGUCUUCCUCAGAGAAGUUUCUGGGGAGCAAUGGAUGAAAAUGCAACAGCUUUCAUCUGAAUCUACCUCAGCCUCUUCCAGUACCAGAUCAACCAUUGAAAUACCUGUAUACACAAAAUACCUCCUUAUUGCUGCCUAUUUAGCCUCGUAUAAUCCUGCAAAAUUAGACAAAAGAUUUUUUAUGAAGAAUGCCGGCAAAACGAGCAAACGUCUUAAAAACGCCAUCAAGAAGAAAGAAGAGAGAACAUCGUGCCACCUGCUUGGUCCAAAGUUCUUUCCACUGGACCGAAUGAUGGCAAUAUUUUAUUCCAUCGUUGAGGAGAAGGUUGUGCCUACUGCUAAUACCUUCUCACAGAUAUCUUCUUUGGUCAGUUUAGGAUUGUUGUCUCAAUCAUCGAUGGUCGACCAGCUAGAUGGUCAGAAGUAUAAAUGUCUGGUCACUUUAGAACAGAUCAAAUCUGUUGCUAAGUCUGUCGGAUUCGAAAUAAUGCGAUAUCUUUACGAUUUUAUUUGA